GAUAGCCUGCUGUUCUGCCAUUUUCCUACCUAUUCUCUCUUAUCCAUACCUUUCAGCUCCAACCUCUUCUCUCCCUGAUCUAUGAGUACUUAUGCUUCAGGGCACAGAGAGAUCAUUCUCCAUUGAUGGGCUCUGAAGGAGAGGGUAUGGAUCAGAAAGAGAAAGCAGAGGGAACAUGGAAGAGACCACUGCCCUCUCCUCUUCCUCUGUUCCCCACACAGCUACUCCCCUUUCUUCCGUUAAGAGUGCCACAAACCGAAUUCUUGAAGCUAAGGUGAUCACCCUCUUUGCUUCUUGAGAACUGCCUAACCAUCUUCUCAGACCAUCAACUACGUUGCGACGGCAUGAAGAGGUCGCUUAGUUACUUGGAUCAUUUGAUACCCACUGUAGAAGAGAGAAGCAGAUUCCGGCCGUUCAUGGACGAGCAAGAGGAGGACGAGAGUAUGGAGGAUAUGUACGGCGUCGGCGGAGAGUGCGGGGCCAAGAAGCGGCGUCUGAGCGUGGAGCAAGUGAAAGAGCUGGAGAAAAACUUUGAGGUGGACAACAAGUUGGAGCCGGAGCGGAAGGUGAGGCUGGCACAGGAGCUCGGCCUUCAACCACGACAGGUGGCCGUCUGGUUCCAGAACCGCCGGGCGCGGUCGAAGACCAAGCAGCUGGAGCACGACUACGCCGUCCUCAAGGCCAGCCACGACGCUCUCCGCCUCAACUGCGACGUCCUCCUCCGCGACAAAGAGUCCUUGCUUGCCAAGAUCAAGGAUCUGAAAGCCAAGUUAGUGACGGAGGAUCCAGUAGCUUCGGUGGCCGAAAAAGAGCCGAUUUUGGCAGCAGAGGAACCUUUUCCUCCAGAGUUGGCGUGCAAGGACGGGUCAUGGGACAGCGACUCCAGCGCUGUCCUCUACGACGGCGUGCUCAACGACGAAGACAGCCCGCGCGGGAUAUCAUCGUCGGAUUCUGCCACCCACACGGCGACGGGGGUGGACGGCAUCUUGACUUCUUUCCCCGAUUCGCCGCAACAACCUUUGCUGAAUCUGGAUUGGAAGACGUCGAGAUCGGUGGGAGUAGGAGGGAUUCACUAUUACCAGAAUCACCAAGUGAAGAUGGAAGAGUUCCUCGAUGGGGAGGUGGAGUGCACCGGCUUCUUUGCCGACGAGCAAACGGCAGGUCUCAAUUGGUUGUAUUGGAGUUGAGUAAUAAUCGUAAUUAGAGUUAAUUAAGUGGAGGAUUUGAAAAAAAAAAAGUGUGUAAUUAUGCUAUUUUAUUUUGGAAUUAAAUUGCUUGUUAAAAGUAGCAUUUUGGAGCUCGAAUAAAAGUUUUAAUCUCGUUGUAC